UCAGACGAAGUCAUUGUGAUAAAACAUAUUUUGAUUAUGAGUUUCUCAGUAGCAGGUUAACAACCGAGUUGUCAAGAUGUUACCAAACGCGAGAGUCAUUUUGUGCAAUAAUAUUUACAGAGUUUCCCACUUAAGGGGACUUGUGAAAGUGCACACAUCAGUAAGUAACAAUGAACAUGUAGCAGCUUUGGAAGGGGAUACUGCCAGGCAAUAUCAUGAGAUUCCUGGACCAAGUACCUUUCAAUUAGUGAGAAGUUUCUUGCCAGGAGGAAAAUACUACAAAAAGGACUUUGCUGAAUUUCUAUCAACACUCAGACACGAGUAUGGGGAUAUUAGUAAAAUUCCUGGAGUCUUUGGGAAAGACGAUGCUAUCCUCUUGUACGAUCCUGAAGACUUUAAAACAGUCUUUCAGAGUCAAGGGCAGUAUCCUAUCAGGAGAGGAUUUGACACAAUUGUCGAUUACCGGUCAAAUGUGAGAAAAAACUUUUAUCAAGGAGUGAUCGGUUUUGUUGAUCAGGGAAAAUCCUGGUGGGAUUUUCGGCAUAAAGUCAAUUCAGUCAUGAUGAAACCCCAAAUAACAAGAAAAUAUGUCCCAGCUGUUGAUGAAGUCACUCAAGACUUUGUCAAGAGACUGCAUUCCCUCAGAGAUCAAAACAUGGAAACUCCUGCGGAUUUUUAUGCAGAAUUGAAUAUGUGGGCCCUUGAAUCAAUUGGCCAAAUUACACUGGACACCCGACUUGGAAUCUUUGAUAAUACAACCAGCAAAAAUAUGCACACUCUCAUGAGUGAUCUUAAGGUCUUCUUCGACCUUACUUAUCAGCUCAAUUUCAAGCCAUCUCUUUGGAAAUUAUUUCCAACACCUUCUUAUCGUAAACUCAUCCGGAGUACGGAUAAUAUGUACAGUGUUAUUCAAGAGUAUAUCAAUAUUGGGAUCCAAAAAAUGAAAGAAAACACCGAUGAUGCGGAAAAUGAGGGAGUUUUGAAAAAACUCUUGGAAAUUGAUCCAAAAAUUGCGACAAUUAUGGUGAUGGACUCGUUAUUUGCUGGAGUUGAUUCAACGUCAACAGCAGCAUUUUCCGUGUUAUUCGCUUUGGCUAAGAAUCCUGAGAAGCAGGAUAAAUUGAGAGAGGAGUUGAUAAGGAUACUCCCGAACAAAACAUCUCCUCUGACUGUAGAGAAUAUGAGUAAUAUGCCAUAUCUCAGGGCAUGUAUUAAGGAAGGCUUGAGGAUAAAUCCAGUGCUUUUUGCCAACUUUAGAUCGACUGCACAAGAUCUUGUCCUCAAAGGAUAUCACAUUCCAAAAAAUACUGACAUCUUGAUGGGCAAUCAAGCAACUCAAAUGGAUGCUAAGUAUUUUGACAAUCCGUCUGAAUUUAAACCAGAGCGAUGGAUACGUCCACCAAACAGCAAAAUAACUUGUCCCGUGAACGCUUCCUCACAUCCUUUUUCCUAUCUUCCUUUUGGUUUCGGUGUACGAAUGUGCCUUGGUCGUCGAUUUGCAGAAAUGGAGAUUGAAUCUCUGGUGAGUCGCCUGGUAAGGAGCUAUUACAUCGAAUGGAAGUAUCCUAAUCCAAAGAUUAUAAGUACAUCACUCAAUAUGCCAAUAAGCGACCUUAAAUUCCGCUUAACAGACGUUAAAGAAUAAAUUAACCUUGGAGAGUAGGUUAUAUUUGUGAUAAUUUUGUAUCUUAAUUCUUAAAUAAAAUAUUCAGUUAAUUGAA